UCCCUUUUGCAGCGUUUCGUCAUUUCCGGCGGUGGUUCGCUUUUGCUGCCUCUGUCACUGGUAUUUGUGGUGUCCAUUUGGUGUAGGUCGUUAUGCUGUCACGGUGCCGGUGCCUGUCGCGGCCUCUUAGCUGCUCGCUCUCCGCUUUUAGCCAGGUUAGAAUCGCUGUAGGUAGACGCUCAGCUUCAGGUUUUUCUUUGUGCCACAGAUCAACUUCCAGCAACAUCCUCCCCCAGCAUCAGCCACCACUAUCGCUGGAAUGCAACCCUCGUUUAUCUUGUAUCAAAUAUUUCAGGACAUCAGCAGUGUGCAAUAAUGAAGUUGUUACAGUCAACACUCCAGCCUUUCCAGAAUCCGUCACGGAGGGGGAUGUCAGGUGGGAGAAAGCUGUUGGAGAUUCUGUUGCAGAAGAUGAAGUAGUAUGCGAGAUUGAAACAGAUAAGACAUCAGUUCAAGUACCAUCACCGUCAGCUGGUGUAAUUGAAGAGCUUCUGGUGCCAGAUGGUGGAAAAGUCGAAGGAGGAACACCACUUUUUAAACUCAGGAAAACGGAUGGAAUCUGCUUCAGUGUUAAAUUUUUAUUUUCAGUUUCAGCCGUCAAGCCAACUGCAACUCCUCCAUCCCCUGUUAUGGACACCAGCGCUAAGGGCAUCCGAUCAGAACAGAGAGUGAAGAUGAACCGGAUGAGAUUGAGGAUUGCACAGAGGCUAAAAGAAGCUCAGAAUGUGUGUGCAAUGUUGACAACUUUCAAUGAAAUUGAUAUGAGUAAUAUACAGCAGAUGAGGGCACAUCACAGAGAUUCCUUCUUGAAGAAACACAACUUGAAACUAGGCUUUAUGUCAGCAUUUGUAAAGGCAGCAGCAUAUGCCCUCCAGGACCAGCCUGUUGUAAAUGCCGUUAUUGAUGACACAACCAAAGAAAUUGUUUACAGAGAUUAUAUUGACAUCAGUGUUGCUGUGGCAACACCAAAGGGUUUAGUAGUUCCUGUCAUCAGAAACGUAGAGACAAUGAAUUUUGCUGAUAUUGAGAAAGCCAUUAAUGAACUGGGAGAAAAGGCUCGUAAGAAUGAGCUUGCCAUUGAAGAUAUGGAUGGUGGAACCUUUACUAUCAGCAAUGGAGGAGUGUUUGGAUCCCUGUUUGGAACUCCCAUUAUAAACCCACCACAGUCUGCAAUCCUGGGCAUGCAUGGCAUCUUUGAUCGACCAGUAGCAGUUGCAGGAAAGGUUGAAGUGCGACCGAUGAUGUAUGUGGCCUUGACAUAUGAUCACCGUUUGAUUGAUGGCAGAGAAGCAGUUACUUUCUUGCGUAAAAUCAAGGCCACUGUGGAAGAUCCUCGAGUAUUGUUGUUAGACAUUUAAGCCAUAAUAUGAGCAAAUGAGCAAGUUUUAUCCUUCUCUGUUCGGUCAGGGCAGCACCUCAUUUAUGCCUUCACUGGAGUGAUGGCUUUUGGGAACAGGAGGCCGUCAGAUUGUUAGUGGAUUUCUUCAUGGAUUCUACUGUUCUAAAGGCUCACAUCAAAAACUGUGCUGUUACCUGAAGUAGAACUCCCUCUGUCUGUUGAGAAUUAGCAGUCAGAAUAUUUCACUUGACAACCACUUAAUGUAAAAAUUGCACCAGGACCCCCCAGGAUUUUUUGAAUGCCUUGCUUCAUUUUUGCAGCUAUUUUGACGACUGCAUAUAUUUCCUGUACUGCUACCACUUCUUUGCUUUCCCCUUUCAUAGUUAUCUGUACAGUGUAAAUCAAUAGUAUGAUUAAGCAUAGCAACUGUGUUGCAAGAAAUUCCAAAUUGGUGGGUUUAGCCCUGUACUAACAAGCUGCUCUUUUGCCUUUGUAACUGAAGGAUCAUGCUGCUGAGAAAAAAAUGAGCUUCCAAAAUACCUUUGCUUGAAAUGCAUGGCUAGGCUUAUAAGGGCACUAGUGGUAGUUAGCCUAGUAACAACCUAGGAAAUGCACUGAAAUACAAGUUGCCGUCCUUAGACAUCUUUAACAAAAAUGGCCAAAGGUGUGCAGCCUAACUACAAACAGGCGGGCACUUUAAGUUCUUUUGGAGUUGUUACAGACUCUGUGGCUGCAUUUCACUGAAGAUACUUACAAAAUGCAAAGAGAGCAGCUGACUUAGAGCCGGGGGGGGGGGGGGGGGGUCAUUUUUUUUGCAAGCAUAGACACUGUGGGGAGGAAGCAGAAACCUGUUAAAAGUUCAGCUUUAUGCUGUUUGGGGUGUGGGAGCUCUACUUUAUGAAACAACUUUGUACUGUUUUAUGUCCUGUAUACAGAGCUUGUAAUUAAAAUAUUUAAAUAUUCUGAUUUUAAGAGAGUAUAGAAUGGAAUGAACAAAAUACAUUAAACAUUCUCUGAUGAGAGAUUUUGUCUGCUAGGUGAUUAUGCAAA